AAUCCCAAGUCUUCAGUCUUCAAUCUUUCAUUCAUUGUCUUUUCUUUGUCCAACACUUCGAAGUAAACAAAAAAUCUUCAUUAUCUAACACCGCUUUCUCACUUCACCCCCAAAAAUCCAUCAUCUCCUCCUUCGAUCUCGAAACCCAAAUUCGCGUGGAAGCCAAUGGCGUCCACUGUUUCUCUCACUGGUCAAUUAUCAAACAUCCACGGAGCAAGUGAAAGGAAAAAGCUUAGCCUUUUAUCAACUUCUCUCUGUAAACUAAACUCCAGUGCGAAUGUAGUUGACAUGAGGCCUUUAUCCCAGCGUGGACAUAAAAAAGUAGGGCGUGAUCGAUGUUUCCGAGUUUAUGCCCUUUUUGGAGGAAAAAAGGAAAAUAAUGACGGUGAUUCUAAGACAGGAAUGCUUGGAAACAUGCAAAAUCUUUACGAGACCGUGAAGAAGGCGCAGAUGGUUGUCCAAGUUGAAGCAGUGCGAGUACAGAAAGAACUUGCUGCAGCAGAGUUUGAUGGUUACUGCGAGGAUGAGUUAAUUAAGGUAACACUAUCUGGGAAUCAGCAACCUAUAAGAACAAUAAUUACUGAGGCUGCUAUGGAAUUGGGACCAGAAAAACUUUCACUUUUAGUCACUGAGGCAUACAAGGAUGCACAUCAGAAGAGUGUCCAGGCCAUGAAGGAAAGAAUGAGUGGUCUUGCGCAGAGCUUGGGUAUGCCGCCAGGGCUCGGUGAAGGGCUAAAAUGAUGACAAUGAGCUGAACCUCAAUUUUGCAUCCGAAUAACAUGUCAGAAAUGCUUUUAUGUCCUUAUGCUGUGAUUUUGAAUUUGUAAUAUUUUAAUUCAGUUUAUGACUUUAUGUACCAUCUAAACUGCCACUUCUUUUGUCCUUGCCCUGUUAAUUUUAUCUCAAUUCGGCUGAGUUCGGAUGAAUUUUGGAAGAAAAAUUGAGUUUAGUACUCAAAUAUUUAGCUCGUCUGAAUGGGAGGUACCACACAGCAAGUGUAACUGCACCAACGUAAUUUAUCAAAAAUUGAGUUUAGCACUCCAA